AUGGGCAAAGCGCGCUUCUCCAAGCUCCUGCAGAUCCUCCGCUUCUCGGGCGCGGGCCGCCGGUACCAGGCGCUGGGCAGGGACGAGGUGGAAGCCUUGAUUGAAGAAGAGUGUGAGCUGAAAGCCAUCGAGAAAGAGAAGAAGGUGACCGCUCUGCCACCCAAGGAAGCAUGCAAGUGUCACAAGGAGGAUUUGGCCAAAGCAUUUUGUGUGGACUUACACACGGGGCUGUCGGAGUUCUCCGUGACGCAGCGCAGACGGGUCCACGGCUGGAACGAGUUUGUGGCCGAAAACACCGAGCCUGUGUGGAAGAAAUACCUCGACCAGUUCAGGAGUCCCUUGAUCCUGCUGCUGCUGGGCUCCGCGCUGGUGAGCGUCCUCACCGGGGAGUACGAGGACGCGGUCAGCAUCGCCCUGGCUGUGUUCCUGGUGGUCACUGUGGCCUUCACCCAGGAGUACAGGUCAGAGAAAUCUCUGGAAGAGCUGACCAAGCUGGUUCCCCCUGAAUGUAACUGCCUAAGAGACGGCAAGCUCCAGCACCUGCUGGCACGGGAGCUGGUUCCUGGCGACGUCGUGUCCCUGUCGAUUGGAGACCGGAUCCCUGCGGACAUCCGACUCACCGAGGUCACAGAUCUCCUGGUGGAUGAAUCCAGUUUCACCGGAGAAGCGGAGCCUUGCGGCAAGACAGACAGCCCCUUGCAGGGCGCCGGGGACCUCACCACGCUGAGCAACAUUGUUUUCAUGGGGACACUGGUGCAGUACGGGAGGGGCCGGGGCGUCGUGAUCGGGACGGGGGAAAGCUCUCAGUUCGGAGAAGUGUUCAGGUUGAUGCAGGCUGAAGAGACGCCCAAAACGCCUUUACAGAAAAGCAUGGACAAGCUGGGGAAGCAGCUGACUCUCUCCUCCUUUGGCAUAAUUGGUCUCAUCAUGUUCAUUGGCUGGUUGCAGGGAAAGCAGCUUCUCAGCAUGUUCACCAUUGGGGUCAGCCUGGCCGUGGCGGCCAUUCCGGAGGGGCUGCCCAUCGUCGUCAUGGUCACGCUGGUCCUGGGCGUGCUGCGGAUGGCCAAGAAGAGAGUCAUUGUGAAGAAGCUGCCGAUCGUGGAGACUCUGGGUUGCUGCAAUGUCCUGUGCUCUGAUAAGACAGGAACCCUGACCGCCAAUGAGAUGACGGUGACCCAGCUGGUCACCUCAGAUGGGCUUCGUGCCGAGGUCAGCGGAGUUGGGUACAACGGCAAAGGGACCGUAUGUCUCUUGCCGUCCAAGGAAGUAAUUAAGGAAUUUUCCAACGUCUCGGUGGGAAAGUUAGUGGAGGCGGGCUGUGUGGCCAACAACGCUGUCAUCAGGAACAACACCAUGAUGGGACAGGCCACCGAGGGCGCCCUGCUGGCCUUGGCCAUGAAGAUGGACUUAAGCAACAUUAAAAAUUCAUAUGUGAGGAAAAAAGAGAUUCCGUUCAGUUCAGAGCAGAAGUGGAUGGCGGUGAGAUGCAGCCCCAAGGCGGAGGACCAGGAGGACAUUUACUUCAUGAAGGGGGCCUUCGAGGAAGUGAUUCGCUACUGCACCAUGUACAACAACGGGGGAAUCGCCCUGCCGCUGACGCCCCAGCAGCGGGCCUGCUGCCUGCAGGAAGAGGAGCGGAUGGGCUCGCUCGGCCUGCGGGUGCUGGCCCUGGCCUCCGGGCCCGAGCUGGGGAGGCUGACGUUCCUGGGCCUCGCCGGCAUCAUCGACCCUCCGAGGGCUGGCGUGAAGGAGGCGGUCCAGGCUCUCUCCGAGGCGGGCAUGUCCGUGAAGAUGAUAACGGGAGACGCGUUGGAGACGGCCUUGGCAAUAGGAAGGAGCAUCGGCCUGGCCCAGGGGAAGCUGAGGACCAUGUCCGGGGAGGAGGUGGACAGCCUGGAGAAGGCCAAGCUGGCCGGCCGCGUGGGGAAGGUGUCCGUGUUCUUCCGGACCAGCCCAAAGCACAAGCUCAAGAUCAUCAAGGCUCUGCAGGAGUCGGGGGCGGUCGUGGCCAUGACGGGGGACGGGGUGAACGACGCGGUUGCCCUGAAGUCGGCAGACAUCGGGAUCGCCAUGGGGCAGACGGGGACGGAUGUCAGCAGAGAGGCCGCCGACAUGAUCCUGGUGGACGACGACUUCUCGGUCAUCAUGAGCGCCGUGGAGGAGGGCAAGGGGAUUUUCCACAACAUCAAAAACUUCGUCCGCUUCCAGCUGAGCACGAGCGUCUCGGCCCUGAGUCUCAUCGCCCUGGCCACCAUGUUCAACCUGCCCAGCCCGCUCAACGCCAUGCAGAUCCUGUGGGUCAACAUCAUCAUGGACGGGCCGCCCGCACAGAGUUUGGGCGUCGAGCCGGUUGACAGGGACGCCCUCAGGCAGCCGCCGCGGAGCGUCAAGGACACCAUCCUCAACAGAGCCCUCGUCCUGAAGAUCCUCCUGUCCGCCGCCGUCAUCAUCAGUGGGACGCUGUUUGUCUUCUGGAGAGAGAUUCCUGAGGACAGAGCCAGCACGCCCCGCGCCACGACCAUGACGUUCACCUGCUUUGUGUUUUUCGACCUCUUCAAUGCACUGACCUGCCGCUCGCAGGCCAAGCUGAUAUUCGAGAUUGGCUUUCUCAGGAACCGCAUGUUCCUCUACUUCCUUGGGUCCCUCCUGGGGCAGCUGGCCGUCAUCUACGUCCCACCCCUGCAGAAGAUCUUCCAGACGGAGAACCUGGGGGCGCUCGAUUUGUUGUUUUUAACUGGAUUGGCCUCGUCCGUCUUCAUCUUGUCUGAGCUCCUCAAACUGUGUGAGAAAUACUGCUCCCGCACCACGAGCAUCCAGAGGCCACCUGACGGCGUGUAG